UAUUAGUGAAUGGCAUUCAUAUUGAGUGACAUUUGUAUGAAUGCAUUGAAUGAUUGCAUUUGUUUUGACAAACAUUUGAUUGAAAGUCACUUUUGGAUCAAUCCUUUGAUAACAUAUAUAAUAGUUGUCUUAAGUAUAAUAUCUGGUGUUUGAUUGAAGUGAUAAUCAAUAAAGAAGUGGUGGCUUUGGACUGUUUUCUUGUUUUAUAGAUUUUGAACCAUAAAAGGCAUGAAACAGAUUUGAUGAAUAAGAUGUCAAUAAUAAUCCGUUUGCAAAACCUUCCGCUUGAGGCCAACUCUCUGGACAUCAGACGCUUCUUUCAUGGCUUACAGAUACCCGACGGUGGCGUACAUAUAGUUGGCGGCGAUAAUGGAGAUGCAUUCAUAGCGUUUGCUAGUGAUGAAGAUGCUCGACAAGCCAUGGAAAGGAAUGGUCAUACAAUCAAAGACUGUCGGAUCAAACUAUUACUUAGUAGUCGUAAUGAAAUGCAAAAAAUUAUAGAUUUAGCCAGAAAUCAGACAAUUGCUAUAAAACCGUUAGACAAUAAUUCAAAUCAAACCAAUUAUGUUAACUCUGGUCAUAUGGCUCUUCCAAAUGUACAACAAAAUAGUAUUAAAUCUAAUUUAAGCGCCGGUAGGUUAACUAACCGAAGUCCCGAUAGAAGAGGUAUCAAUUCCCGAUCUAUGGAUAGAGAGAAUAGACUAAGAGAUAGGAGUAGAAGUCCUCUUCGUAAUGAAAGAGAUGUUAAUCUCAAUGGAAAUGCAGGCAAUGGUCUUAAUAGGAUGGGGUCAAUGAGCUCUGGACUUAUGAAUACAAUUAGAGAUUCACUUAAUAAUACAUAUCCAUCGUUGGAUACACCAGUUCGCUCAAGACUUGGAUAUUCCGAUGCUAUGCCUUCUUCUUUGAUUCAUGAAGAAAGGGGAGGUCAAUGGCAACCAAAUGAUAACUAUGGAGUACAGAGAAUGAAUUCCUCCGGAGAUUUUGAUCGAAACGCGGACUUAAUGAGAGACAACCACUUAAUUAGAAAUCAAUCCGAUAGGUCUUAUACUAUAGAAUUAAGGAAUUUACCGUUUAAUAUAGUCGUUCGGGAUAUUAUUAAUUUCUUUAAUGGUUUGUUUGUUCCCGAAGAGAAUAUAAAGAUUCUGAUUGAUGACAGAGGACUCACAACAGGCGGUGCUUUAGUCCGCUUUAACAAUGAGCGAGACUUUGAUGCCGCUCUUUCAAUGAAUAAGCGAUUCCUUAGCGACCGCAAGAUUGAUGUCCAACCACUUAUAGAUAGUGUUAUUGCCGACAACAACGAUGCGUUAUAUCCCCAACAAUCUCUUGCGCCUUCAAUUGCUCCAAAUAUGGGUCAACGACAGGCAUCAGGACAUGACUUAGUUCUUUAUAUGAAAGGCUUACCCUAUAAUAAUUGUACGGAAGUAGAUGUAACCAAAUUCUUUGAACCGAUUAAAUUGGUAGACAUUGUCAUUGAAUGUGAUCCAAAAGGCAAAAUCAGUGGCAAUGCAUUUGUUGAGUUUGAGACUAUCGGCGAUUAUGAGUUAGCACUACAGAGAAACAUGAAACAUAUGGGUCGGCGUUAUAUUGAACUGUUGCCCACAACCAGAGAUGAUAUGCUCGAUGCCCGAAGACUUUUUCAAACACCAAAUGGUCAAAACGCCAGCGAUAUGUCAAAGACUUUCUGUAUAAAUAUCACAGGACUUCCCCCUUCAGUUGCAAACAGAGAUUUAACGAACUAUUUUUCAUCACAUGGAGCACAACCUUAUGCUAUACACAUAAUGCUCAGACCCGACGGCUUUAAUGCUGGAGAAGCUUAUGUUGAGUUUGGAUCGCAUGAAUCACAAUAUAUAGCUCUUAAAAGAGAUGGAGAUUUUAUUGACAAUUGUCGUAUAAUGAUUAAGUCGGUCUCUUUUGAAGCCAUGAGACAAGUUGUAGGCAAUCCCAACCCACCACCAGUCCAUAUGCCAGACUCUUCCAUGGCAUCACUGCCUCAUUCACGACCACCAAGAGGUACACGAUUUGAUGAUCACAUGCGACCACCACGAAGGGGGGAUAGAGAGGAUAGAAGGAGUGGUCGUAACGAUCCAUUCAGUGAUAUUCGUUGUGUUAUUGUUUCUACUAAUAUACCGUACAAAGCAUCGAUUGAAGACAUUUGUGUCUUUUUCUCUGACUUUUCCAUAACUGAAGAAUGUGUGCGAAGACGUUUCAAUGAGAAGGGACAGCCAACAGCUGACGCACAGAUAGCUUUCCAUUCACCUGAAGAUGCGACCCGUGCUUUAAGACAAAUGCAUAAAAAGUUUUUAAUUGGAAGACCUGUCUUCUUAAGGCAUGCUUAAGACAUAUAUUAUCAAUUGAUUCGGUACUUAAACUAAUCACAAGUUUUUCAAUCUUUAGCUACAAUUUUACAUAUUUAAGUUAAGUCAUCAUUUGUACAGAAUAUUAAUUAAAGUUUACAAAAUAUUUUAACAUUACAUAAAAAGAUGACAUUUUAUUACAUUUAUAGAUUAAUUUAC